GACUUCCGUAGCCGGGCCGCCUUCCGCUUCCGGCGGCAAAGAGCGGAAGUGAUGCGUCCCCGGGAGCAGGGAGCGAGCGGGUGACGCGAGGCGAGGCGGCGCCCCCAACCCACACCACUACCCCCAGCAGCAGCAGCAGCAGCAGCAGCAGCAGCGCAAGGGGGCGACCCGGACGCCGCUCAGGAUGGCGUCUGCGCCUCCGCCGCCCGCCCACCCGCUGCCUCCUCCGCAUCCCCCGCCCCCUUCCCCGCCGGGCGCGUCCCCGCGGCGAGGCGCGCCUUCCGCCCCGGCUCGUCCCCGCCCUCCCGCUCCGCGCCCGGAGUUGCUGCGCGUGCCCGCGCUGUGCCUGGCCUGGUACGCGCUGAGCGCGGGCGGGAACGUAGUGAACAAGGUGCUGCUGGGCGCGUUCCCGCGACCCGUGACGGUCUCGCUGUGCCACGUGCUGGGCCUGGUGGCGCUCCUGCCCCCGCUGCUGCGCGCCUGGCGCGUCCCCGCCGCCAGCCCCGCCCAGCUGCCCCCGCGCGCGUACCCGCGCGUCAUCCUCCCGCUCGCCUUCGGCAAGUACCUGGCCUCCGUCUCCGCCCACGUCUCCCUCUGGAGGGUCCCCGUUUCCUACGCCCACACCGUUAAGGCGACGAUGCCUAUCUGGGUAGUCCUGCUGUCGAGAAUCAUCAUGAAGGAAAAACAGACAACCAAGGUGUAUCUAUCCCUCAUCCCCAUCAUCGGUGGAGUCCUGUUGGCCACAGUCACAGAGCUGUCUUUCGACACGUGGGGGCUCAUCAGUGCUCUGGCUGCGACCCUGUGCUUCUCCCUCCAGAACAUUUUCUCUAAAAAGGUGUUGAGAGACUCACGAAUACACCAUCUCCGGUUGCUGAACAUCCUUGGGUGCCACGCUGUGUUUUUUAUGAUCCCAACGUGGGUCCUGGUUGAUCUCUCUUCCUUCCUUGUUGAGAACGACUUGAGUUCAAUGGCACACUGGCCGUGGACCAUCCUCCUGCUGGCUAUCAGCGGCUUCUGCAACUUUGCUCAGAAUGUCAUUGCUUUCAGCAUCCUCAACCUCAUCAGCCCACUGAGCUACUCUGUUGCAAAUGCCACGAAACGAAUCACAGUGAUCAGCGUCUCCCUGAUUAUGCUUCGCAACCCUGUGACCACCACCAACGUGCUGGGGAUGAUGACAGCCAUCCUGGGCGUCUUCUUGUAUAACAAGACCAAGUAUGACGCAAGCCAGGAGGUGAAGAAGCGGCUCCUUCCCAUCACAACGGGGGACCUUGCCAGCACGGAGCGACACUGGAGCACCCCGGAGAAGGCCCAGAAUGGACUGAGCUCCUUCAUGCACCACCAGGGCGGGGACUUCCAGUACGGCAACAGGGGUGGGGGCAACGUCCUGGUGGAUCACUUGCAGAGCGGCUGGCAGAACCACCCCGCCCUGUACAGCUCCAGCCGCUACGACAUCUAGCGGAGGGCUCCGUCUGGGCUGGCCUGCGCAGACUAUGCGGACAACUGUGAGAAACUGGGGUUCUUUUCCCACCCUCCCAGUGGUGUGUUGCUGGGACUCCUGAGGAACAGCCAGGAGGAGGGGAGGAAGGUCUGUGCGUGAGGAGGAGGAGGAAGAUGGCUGUGGAGCAGGGCCCUGCGUGCUGAGCAACUCUGCUCAAGGAAGCAGCUGCUGCUGAGGCGGGUGAAGACAAUGGCUGAGCAGGAGCCCAGCGCUCCAGCCUGGGCCUCUGUGGUUGCCAGGCACCCCCGAAUCUGUCAGCAGCCUGAUGGUGGCAGAAGAUGGGGCCAACAUUUCCUCUUCCCUUCUCCCCUUUGGAGUUUUUUCCCCCAGUUUCAUUCUGUCUUUUUUCCCCUUUGUCUUUUAAGUUAUGCCAGCCUUUGCCAACAUGGAGCCCCCCAGAGGGAGGGUCCAGGAUGGCGAAGACUGAGCGAUACACUUGCUUUCAAAGUGCGAUUUGCAAAAAGCAGCUUUCUCUCUGUCCAUUUGUUUUCCUUGUGGAGAGGAGGAGGAAGUAGUUUGUUGAAUCCCUUCGCAGUUGUGCGAUUGUGUGUGUAAGCAUCUGCGUGGCUUUGGCUCUGGCUUGUAGCGCUGUGAGGAGUUGCCGAGAGAGAGGGCUGCUUUCAACUCAGUGUUGGCUCAAGCCUAGGAAAGAGCACUUAACUUGUUUAAAAAUAUAACAAUCAUGUCCCAACAGGUAAUAUGUGACAAAUUUAAGUAUGGAUUUGAAAUGUUUUCCCCUGCCUGCUUUUUAAAUCAUGAGGUCUAGAAACCUUUUUAAUGACCCCUUCUUCCACGGGCAGUAAGAUGCACACACACAGUAAAGUCGCUCAUUUAGAAAAGGGAUUGCUCGGUGUAACAAAGUCUACUAAGUCAUGUUGUGCAGUGGAGAGAAGACUUCAGAGUUGGCUAGGUUUUCUCGUCACCCAUUUUACAAGACCUUUUCCACUCCUAAAUAUGUUCCACAGUGGGUACGUUUGUCUAUCCUGAUGUUAAAUGUGGGCAUCCAUUUUUUAAUUUGCACAUAAUAGUUCAUACCAUUUCGUCACAUUCCCCCCCUCCCCUCCAUUUCUCUCCUUUUCUGGGUUGUGGAGCUGGAACAAUCUCUUGCUGUUGUGUGCAGGGAGCGCCUCGGUGGUGGUUUUUGCUCAUGUGGGUUUGCAAUCAUGUUGCUGGUUUGGCCAAGCUGAGAAAGGCCGGGGCUGGGCAGCCAGAAAGGCAGCUGCGGCUUUGGGUCAGGAGCCCAGAGGCUUUGAGGCAACUUCUCUCUCCUUCAGGACUCUGUUCUGGGGGCAGUUUUGUCUCUGAAGCAAGCAGGAUAAUUGUUUUCAUGCCUUCCCUGUUGGUUGGUUUGGUUUUCUUUCUGUAAAUGCUCCCCCACCCUGGCUCUACGACAGCAAAGCUAAAUCCCAUCCAGAGCGCUGAUUUCUCCCUGGCGAUUUGCCCGGGGAGAUUGGGGUGGCUGCAGUUUAGGGAGGGAAGAAGAGAAGGCCUUUCUGGCAGCGGAGGGAGCUGCUGUUUGAGGGGGCAAUGCUGAAAGCGGGAGGCGGAGGGGCUGCUGAGGAAAGACUAUGGCUCUGAUGCAGGGAGUGGCCAACGUGGAGCCCACCAGAUGUCGUUGUUGGACUCCAACUCCCAUUAAGCCCCAGCCUGGCCGCUGGUCGAGGAGGAGGAUGAAGAUGGGAACUAUAGCCUGGCAACAUCUGGAGGGCCUGAAACUUGCUGGCUGCCCCUGCCUUGAUGUGUCCCCUGGGCUUGCCACAAGGCCCCAAAGUGGCCGGUUCAAAGAAAUGGUGCCUGACACCAUCGCUGCAGCCUGCCUGGGCUUACUCACUUCUGUCUCUGAUAAGACUUCAGUGUUUGCACCGGCCGGAAGACGACGAGGCAGAGGGCGAGGGGUGGCUUUGAUCAUGGUUGAAACUUAUUUAAUUUCUUCUUUAAAAAAAUUGAGGUGAAACAUUCACCCACUUCUCCCCCCCCCCAAAAAACCCCAUUUGUUGAAUUGUAAGCAGGUUGGAUGCCACUGUAGAUGUCCAAGGAAGCUGGACUCAAAAGGGACCCUUGAGUGGACGCAGCCACCCAGCUAAAGCGAGCGUGAGGCUGUGUCUGGAGACUGAGCAGGUGGCUGGGCUGGAAUCCGCUACAGGUGGAGGUCCCAAAUGGGGAUCCAAAGUUAGAAACGGAGAGGACUCCUUUUUAAAAUCAGCUUCCAAAAUGCUCUCCAGCAGCUUUAGAGAGAAACAGCUCCUGACAUCUGUCUCGUUCACACAGGAACAGGAGAUGCUCACGGUUUUGUCCUUCCACAUCGUUGUAAACGUCCUUCCAGUCUCCUUUGCUGGUGUGAUGUUCGGGAGCGAUAAACCGUUUGGACCCUUUGAGAGGGGAGGCACUGGCGCGGAAGGGAAGAGGAGCCAGGACCACGAGUCCUCACUGCCUUUUUGUCCCAAGGCAAAUUUUGUCACCCUUGCUUCUUUCCACGGCGUCAGCCUAGAAUGGAAGCUUGACUGGGUUCUCUCCCUGCAGUUUCUCACGGCUCUUCCUUCCACCUGUGGCCAUUCUUAGCCACUGUUAGGGCCAGUGAGCCUCCCCUCCCCUCCAUGGACAUCCCUGCUUCAGAAAGCUGAGAAACUUGCCAUUCACAGCUCAUCUCCCCCCCACACCUGUAGGCCUAGCGGGUGGGUGGGGGAAGUCUUAAGAACUGCUUGGCUGUGUGACUUGACCCUGACAUUAUGCCAAGGAUGUGAUCCGAUCCCUUGGCUCCCAAAAAUCAAAGUUUUUGUACUGUCCAAACAACAAGGGCUCAUUUUCGCAACCCAGUGAAACGAUCUGGUUGUUACAUCUACGCUCUGCCUGCUUCCCACACCCGUUUGUCUUGGGAGAAGCUGACUGGGAAGCCAAGUUGACUGUUUGUCAGUGUGUAAGGGUGUGGGAGGUGGGGAGGUGCGACUGAGCUGUUGUAUAUAUGUAGCUGGGGAUCUUGUGUAAUGUUGCUGUUUUCUUGGUUUUAAUUGUGUUGUAAAACUUCUGUAACUUCCCCCAUAGAAGCCAAACAAUCACCUGGGACAGCAUUAGAAGAAAAGAAUCAUCAUAAUCUGCUUUUUAAGUCUAAGCCUUCAACAGAGGAACAUGUUUUUUUAAAUUAACUGACCUUUAUCAUCGUCCCCUUUCCUUUCCCUGCUCAUGUAAAGGGUUUGGAAGGCAAACUCUUGCCUGCCUCUGCAGCUGCUUGCAGAAUUCACCUGUGGCCUUUUUUGGCAAAUGCCAGGGUGGUCGAAGGUGACCUGGGAGGCUUGCAAACACUGGCGCAUGCCUUGGGAAGGGGGUUGGUAGGCUGUGCUGGGUUCGUGAGCAGUUCACAGGGCCUGCCGUGAAGGGAGCACAGUUCGUUCAUAGCCUCCUUUGAGUGCAGUGCCUCUCGAAGGUGCACAGAGGAGACCAGGGGGAAAACGCAUCAUCAACUAGGGCGGAGAGAGGCCUAGAGUGGGGUCACCUUGUCAAGCUCUGGGCAUCUUCAGUGAAUACGUUGCUGGAGUUCCACUUUGCUCAUAUUUGCGUGGGCAAACAAAAUGUUUAGGUUCCAGCUGCCUGUUCAGAAACACAUUCAGUGUGCACAUUUGGCACUCUUGACAAGUUGGGUCCUGCCUGUCUGCAAACACUUCCUUUCUAGCCCUGCAGCCUGGACUCUUCUCCUCUGGAGGGAGCUGGCAGCCCUUGUUCAAAAUGUUGGUGGUUCUGAGGAGGAAAAGAGCAGUCAGAGCAGCCUUAAAGUUGUUUCUGUGCCCCCCCCCCAAAUACACUUCAGGAUGUGUUGUCAGUCUCUUGCCCCUCCUGAAAAGAGCAACCUUCCACAACCUGGUUUCCUCCAGAUGUUUAGGACUACAACUCCCAUCAGCCCAUGCUGGCUGGGGCUGAUGGGAGUUUGCAGUCCAAAAGAUCUGGAGGGAACCUCAUUGGGAGGAAAUUGGGCUAGAUUAGAGUCUCAACAAUCUGUAAAUGCUAUUGACAAUUUCUGGAGAACUAUUUAAAUUUGGUCAAUAGGUGUGGAUGUGUGUGUAUAUAUGUGUGUGUGUGAGUGAGAAAGAGAGACCCUUCUGUCCCAAGUAAGGUGAAUUUUUAAAUUUAACUUGUAAUGUACAGGAACCAUGGAUUUUUCUUUUUUAAGCCUGUGAACAUAAAAAAAAGUUAAAAUGGAAAGAGUGUGUUGUAAUUAUGCUUUUAAAAUAUUGAAAAUGUAAAUAAAGCUGCAAGAAUUGAAA